AUGGAAGAGCCUGACCCACGCACUCAAAUCCAGGAGCUCCUCACCGCCCUCCAAUCCCCGAUCGCUGACCUGCCUACGCUGCUCGGCCUGCUCACAGCACCGCUCGACGCCCUCGGGAUCCUCCCGCCCAGGUUCAAGAGGUACAACACGCGUCCGCUCCCUGCCCAUUCUCUCAAUGUCAGCAAGCACGUACCGCACAUCCAGCGUGCCGCCCUCACUCAUAUCGCCCCAACAUGGGGCGCCGCCCUGCGCGAGGAUCUAGAAGGAGGGGAGGCGUUGCUCGACCAGUAUUUUUGCCCGGACGCGAUGGUCAAUGCCCGACAGGAGGCGGGGGACAUGGCGAGAGAGGCGUAUGCGACGCUCGUGGUGUCGCCAGUCCUCGCGCCUGGGAUUGGGCUGCAGAAGAAUAACGAGUGGACCACGGGGUUUGCGUUGGGGAUUUUGGAGAAGUUGGUGGUUGGGUAUCCGGUGGAUCGGAUGUACAAGGCGGUCUUCUCUGCGGCGAAGGAAAAGGGAAAGGCAAAAGGGAAAGGGAAGGGAUUGGAAGAGGUAGGCUGGGAGGAGUGUGUAAGGAACGUGUGUAUGGUCCCUGCGAAGGUGGCGAACGCGAUUGCGGGCAAGAGAGAGGUGCCAGACGUCCUGGAGAACGCGGUGUAUUUUGGGAGGUUGGGCGCGAGGUGCGAGGUGCUUGUUCGGACGCUGGCGGGGGCGAAGGAAGAUAAAAACGCGAUACCCGCACUUGCGUACCUCUUACAGAAGCUGGUCAACCUGGGCGUCUUCCCGCCCAAGCAGCCCGUCGCGCGAUCCCAGCCGUCUUUCUUCCAAGCUACGCUCCCCGCGAUCCGAGCGCGGUUCGAGCUUGACACCCCCGAAUCAUCGUCCUACUCCAAAUUCUGGUCUGCACUCCUCCUUGCACUCCCAAGCCUGACCCUCCAGUCCAUCCUCGCGUCCCUCUUUGGCACCCUCAGCACAAUCGACCCGCCGACGGACACAUCCCAGGCAAAACGCGUGCUGGCGAAGCGCGAUGCCGCCCUGUUGGAUGGGCUGGUGGGGAAGGUCGCUCCGCCGCAGGAGAAAGGUCUAGAGGAGGAGCAGGAGAGGGCGGAGUUGUGGGAGAUCGCGACGAGCUUGAUCCUAGGUCGGGAGUGGCCCGAGUCGUAUGCGCGCACAUUUGUGUGUUGGGUGUCAGGUGGGGCGAAGGGGACGAGGGUGAAUCUCAAAGCUCUUGACGCGUUCCUCGAGGCGGUCGUGGAAAUAUGGGCAUCGCCGGAGCAUAUCAAGCAUUCGCUGCUUUCGAGGCAUCGGUAUAUGACCUCCCUCCUGCUCAUAACCGUCUCCUAUUUCCCGCCCUCCUCGCAGCACGUCGACGUCCUGGUGUCGAUGCCGAGCUUCAUCCAGGCCAUCAGCAUGUAUAUUUCCCACCUUGACCCCUCGGUGCGCCGGUGUGGGAUGCUAGCCGCGGAAGACGUCGCGAGACUUUGUGGUAAGAAGCUGGAGUUUGGUGGUUGGGGUGAGCAGGACGCGAUAGGUGUGUGGGCGAGGGCGGUAAGGGAGCUGAUGAAGGCGAGGGAUGUGGAUGCAAAGCUGGAGGUCGUUCAAAGAGAGAAGGAAGAAGAGGUCGAGGAGGUAGCAGCACCUGCUGGGAAGGAGGGCCUAGCCGUUGCAGAGAAGCCCGAGCCUGAGCUUGCGACGAAAGCGACCUUCGUGGAGAAGGAUGGAUACGACUCGGACGACUCGAUGACAGGUUACGCGUCUCCGCCGUCCUCUCGCUCGGCCUCGCCUACACCGUCUGAGCUCGCGGAGAUUGAGAAGGAUCCUACGCUGAACGUCGGAGUGCAGAAGGUCCCGCGCCCUGUGUACCUCGCGCAACUGGGCGACCUCCUCCGCGCGCCGCCCAAGCAGGGCACGAAGGAGCCGCACGAGGCAGACAAGAUUGAGAUGGCGCUCAAUUGCGCGGAGGAGCUGGUCAGGAAGAAGAGCGGGUAUGGGUCGGAGCUUGAUGAGAAUGCGGUUAAUUUGGUGUAUGCGCUGUUGGGCUUGCAGGAUAAUUAUGAGCUCGAGGGGUUUGCAGAGAAGAGGCAGGGUGCGCUGACAGCGCUGGUUGCAUGCGCGCCGAGGAAGGCAACUUCGUGCCUCAUUGAGGAAUUCUUCAAGAAUCAAUACUCGACAGAUCAGCGGUUUGUCGCAUUGAACGCCCUCGCAGUCGGCGCACGGGAGUUGGCUUCGUUGCACGUUUCACCGUCGCGGCUGCCUCCAGAGCGCACGGCGUUUCCGAGUAAGAUGCUCCCUGGCCCGCUCCACCAGAAAUAUAUCGCAGCUGGUAAGGCGAACACCGAGCUCAUUCCGCUCCUCAUGGACGAUAUCUCGAAGAAGGCGUUAGACGGCGCAAGGGCGUCUGUGGAUAACGAACCCAGCGUCAUCCGUGAACGGCGAUUGCGAAUCCAGAAACUAAGCGGUGUAACAGAAGUAACACGACCUCUGAACUCAUUCGCCCAGAUGCAAGCGCCUAUCCAGAAGCCAGCAACGAGAUUCAUCGACGUCGCCGCAGAGUACUUCGUUAUGCCGCUCAUUAAUCGUUUUUGGAUGUUCCUGCGCGACGAGCAAGCGAGGGAAGAGCGGACAGCAUUGUUUGAAGGUCGCGGCCGGUACUAUGGCGUUGGGACCGGGCUCAUCCUCAACCCGCUCGUCCUGGCGCAAUUUCUUUGGACUCUGGCGAUUUUGGUGAACGCGUCGCAGAACGCGCCGGAGUGGCUGGCAAUCAUCGCUCCGGACUCGCUGGAGCUCGCAGUCACGAUUGGCACGCGGCCCGUGUCGCAUCUGGAACUCGACGAGGACCUGAAAGAUGGUAUUGACCUGGAGGAGGAGACGCAGAAGAAAGAGGCAUCAGUGCUGAUAUCGGCGCUGGAGUUGGCGCUUGUUGUUCUUGAUGGUGCGUUGGAAAUUGAUGGUGGGAAGAUUAUGGGCCUUGAGCACACAACACUGGUAUUGAGUCUGGGAGAGUGGGCUGGGAAGGUCUUUGCUAGCCUUGAGAAGGGCCUCAAGGUUCAGGGUGGUGGUGGUAUACAUGAGGCUAAAUUGAGCCGGGCAGCUGCUGGGGUAUUGUUGAAGGUGGAUGAGCUGACAUCAAAAUGGAGACGAUCUAUGUUGGAUACAAGGUAA